CUCUCUCAAGACACCACUUUUACAUUUCGUUUUUCUGAGUAUCGUUUAACAUGUGCGACACAAGGAAAGCUAUGACACUGACCGUUGAAAAUCAAACAGACAACAGAGGCAAUAACGACGAAGUAGACGAAAUUAAAGACAGCCAAGGAAAGAAAGAAAAAUCAGAAAACAGGUACUUAGUUUAUAUAGGGAAUAAUAAUAAUAUGAUGAUGACGACGAUGAUGAUGAUAACAAUAAUAACAUAUAUGUGCCGUUUUAGGCAAAAAUCUCAAAGAAAAUCGCUAGUUCCCUAUUCAAUAUCAUUAAUCGUGUUGCACGUUCUGGAUGCAUUACUACUGAUGAUUCUUCUGCCAUUCAUGAUCUGGCAAUGGAUUUCAGCCAACGAUCGUUUAAAGAUCAUUCUGAAAGCUGUAGUAGAAGUCACGCUUGAACUAAUUAUGUGGGUGAUCUUCGCGGGAGUUUCCAUUCUUAUGACUACAACGUUCGUUCUAGAAGAUAUUUACUAUGGAAAGAACCGGCAUGAAAAAUCUUGGCAGUUAAUGAAUACACGCAACGAAUCCACGUCAAACAACGAUACACCGAAUUUUUUAAAAGGAUAGAGCAAACCGAAAAUUCCCCAAAACUGACACUGAUCGUGUUUAUAACAAUUUUCUUUUUCUACCUUUGUAUUUUUCUACUAUUACUCUAUCUUCUUAUAGCAUUCUGUAUUCUAUAUAUUUUUACUGUAUCCUAUACUGAAUUCCUUAUUGGUUUUUAAGGUGUUUCUCAAGUUGCAAGAGUUUGUGAUUGAGUUUUUUAUACCAUUCGAGGAAAAUACAAUUUCUUUUUCGUAAAAUAGUCACUUUUUUUCUUCGCACUUAUUUUUCUUGCCAAUUGCAAUCAAUUGAAGCCAUCACAUAUACAAUAUGCUUAAAUACUUCUUCAUAAUUCUUCAAUUCACUUGAUCAGAAUGUUCAUAUUCCUGAAAUUCUUAGAAACUUCAAACUACAUUUUUACAUAACAUUUUUUUUUAAUUUCCCUUUAUUAUUUGUACCUAUUUAGAAAAUGAGUACAUAACGUGACACGAAAGUUCCAGGUUUAAUCUCAAGAGGAAAAAGUUUCGGUUUACUUUUAUGUGAUCUUCAACGAACAGAUCAUUAAUUCUGCCAGAGUCUUCGACACAAGAUCAAAUAAAAAAAUCACCCAGAUUAAAAAUUGUUCUUCCACAUUUUCCUCUAUAAGAAUAUGAUUAAUAUCCGUAUAAA